GCCGCCACGAUCGAGCUUCUUCGAUGCUCGUGAGAAGAAAUCUUGUCAAGAGGAGCAUCCACUGCUCUGUCUCGAAAUAUCGGCAUCGCGGCGACCAAGAGACAAUCGAUCUGGCCGCCCUGGACACGGCUCACCCGGAUUCCCUGAAAGACCUCUGCUCGUCUCUGAUCAAGCGCUGCGGAAGAUCCAAGAACCUAGCCGAUGGCCGGCGGAUUCACCACCGCCUGGCCAGGAAUUCGCAGCUGGAUCGCUUCCUUGCGAAUCUACUGAUCGAAAUGUAUGGCAAAUGCGGCAGCGUCGGCGAUGCCCGGCGCGUGUUCGAUGAAAUCGGCGACCGAAAGAACAUCUACUCGUGGACGAUUAUGAUCGCCGCGGCCGCGAGCAACGGAUCCAAGCACCUGGCGAUGCAAAUCUUCCGCGAGAUGGAUCUCCAGGGAGUGAGCCCCAACCACAUAACCUACGUGGUUGCCCUAGAGGCGUGCUCGAGCUUGAUAGAGGGCCGACAUUUGUACGACUGCAUGGUCGCGGAUGAGACACUGGCCAGAGACCAUAUUCUCGGCAAUGCGCUUAUAACAAUGUACGGAAGAUUCCAGCGGCUAGACGAAGCAUUUUCUAUCUUUAAAGAAAGGUUGGAGAAAGACGUUGUUACUUGGAACGCAAUGGUAGCAGCAUUUGCCCAGAAUGGGUAUUUUGACAGGGCAAUGGAUUUGUUUAAAAGUAUGGAUCUAAAACCCGACGCUGUAACAUUUCUGGGUCUGAUAGCUGGAGUAGAGAGAUUAGAACAGGGUUUAGCUGUCCACACGAAGAUUUUGGCGAACAAGUCGAUAGAUCUGAGACGAGAAACCAAUCUGAGCAACUCGCUAAUCAGUAUGUAUGGGAGGUUUUGUUGUAUUGGCGAGGCUAGAAAAUGUUUUAGCAACUUAAAGGAUAAAGAUGUUGUAUCGUGGAAUGCGAUGCUUUUGGCAAAUGCCCAAAGUGGGGAUUACAUGAACGUUUUGGAGCUGUACCAGGCGAUGGACUUGGAGCCAGACCAGCGAACUUUUCUGGCAGCUCUCGAUGCCUGUGCAAACUUAACAGCGAUCCAGCAAGGAAGAGAGGUUCACUCUCGAAUCUCUCGACAUCACAAUCUCGACACGGAUGUUCUCGUUGGCAACUCGCUCAUCUACAUGUAUGCCAAGUUUGGAUGUGUCGAAGACGCAAGGCUCGUAUUUGAUAGAAUCCACAACAAAGACGUGAUCUCCUGGACUGCGAUCAUCGCUGCUCACUGCCAAAACGGCUACCCGAUAGAAUCACUGGAACUCUUUGUGGAGAUGCAGCAGCAGGGAAUCAAGCCGGAUCUCAUCACCUAUGGAUGUGUUCUAUCGGCUUGUAGCUAUGCAGGCCUGGUCUAUAGAUCUGGCGUCCUCUUUCUCGGCAUUUCAAGCGACUAUGGCCUCACUCCAAAUGCCGAUAACUUCUCCACCAUGGUUGACGUCUUGAGCCGAGCAGGAUGGCUGGAACACGCAGAAGAACUCAUCCGAACCAUGCCUUUUCUUCCGGAUCCAGUGACUUGGACGAUGCUGCUUGGAGCAUGCAAGGUUCACGGGGACGUGGAUCGAGCAAAACGCAUAGCCGAGGCGGUCUGUAAGUCGCAGUCCAAAGGGCAAGCUUCCGGAGAUCACGUACUUCUCUCGAAUCUCUUCGCCGCUGCCAAGAAGUGGGACGACGUCAAGGACACUCGCAAGAGAAUGGAGAGGAGCGGCGUGAGAAAGCAACCCGGGCGGAGCUGGAUCGAGAUCGAUGGCAAGAUCCACGAGUUCUUGGUGGGAGACACGAGCCACAAUAGGUGGGAAGAGAUCCACGCCAAGCUUCUCGAGCUGGGCGACGCGAUCGCGAAAGCGGGGUAUGUUCCAAGCACCGAGGAGGUCUUGCAUGACAUCGAGGACGCGAGCAAGAGCAAGCUUUUGGGAUACCACAGCGAAAAGGUGGCGAUCGCGUUUGGGGUGUUGUCGACGCCGCAUGGAACACCGCUGAGGGUGAUGAAGAACUUGAGAAUGUGCUGCGAUUGUCACGCUGCCGCGAAGAUGAUCUCCAAAGUCACGGGGCGCGAGAUCAUUGUCCGCGACGCAAACCGCUUCCACAAGUUCGUGAGCCUUGGAGAGUGCACUUGUCGGGACUUUUGGUAGUUUUUUACUUUGCAAAACUUUUCGAGGUUUUGCCAUGUGUGACGAGAAACAGGCCAAACUUGCAUAGCUGUGACGGGAUCUCCAAAGCGGUCAAAGAAUGGCGACAGAUUUCUUUCUGUUUUAAAAACUGGCGUUAGUUAACCUUUACUGGAUCAAUGGGUCGUGUGCUGGUCAUCCUCCUCUUCACAGUCUUCUCCAGGAUUUUCUCAGUAUGUGCAGUUCUAGAAACUUUUGUUCUUACCGGCUUUU